AGGAAAGUUGUUGAAGCAGUGGAGGUGAUUGAAAAGGAGAUGGUGGAGGCAAACUGUGUUCCAACUGUAAGAGUGUAUGGUGUUGUGGUAAGAGGCCUUUGUAGCGAAGGGCAGUCUGUUUUGGCCAUUUUGUAUCUGAAGAAGAUGGAAAAGCAGGUGGGUUGUGUUGCAGACAAGAAAACCUAUGGCAUUUUGGUCGAUGGGCUUUGUGGGGAGAGUAGAUUUCCUGAAGCAAGCAGAGUAUUGCAGGAGAUGUUGAUCAAGUCACAUUGGCCUUGUGCUGAGACUUACAAUAGAGUUAUUACUGGCCUUUGCUCAGUGGGCAAGCAAUAUGAAGCUGUUAUGUGGUUGGAGGAGAUGACGAGUCGGGCUAUGCUACCGGAAUAUUCUGUAUGGAGCUCAUUGGUGGCAUCUGUGUGUUGUAACACGGCCAACAUUGCGGUUUGCGCCGACGCCUAUAAGAGGCUAAAGAGUUCUUGAUUUCUAUGUAGUUAGACCAGUUGAAAAUGGUUAACAUGCGUUGUACACUUUUUUGCCCCUUCUUAUUUAUGCAUUUUUCAUCAUUUGGGUAUAAA